UUCCGUGCCCCUGGUCCAGCCGCUUGUUUGGCUGCUGCCGUCACCUCAUGGCGACUCCAGUUGAGGAGGCAGCGCGGGGAAGAGACGGCGGUACUGAGGAGGCUGUUGAGGGCGAACGGGAAGAACGGCCACGCAGUCCCAGGCAGAAGUUUGAGAUUGGUACAAUGGAAGAAGCUGGAAUUUGUGGGUUAGGAGUGAAAGCAGACAUGUGUAACUCUCAAGCAAAUGAUAUUCUUCAACACGAAGACUCCAGUUGUGGUGGCACAACUAAGACACAUUCACUGGAAGGAGAUGAAGACAGUGACUUUAUAACAAAGAACAGGAAUUUGGUGAGCUCAGCAUUCUGUGCACAGGAAUCAAGAGAAGAAAUUCCUGGACAAGAAGCUCGAACCGGUCCUCCUGAUGGCCAGCAAGAUUCAGAGUGCAGCAAAAACAAAGAGAAGACCUUAGGAAAAGAAGUUUUAUUGCUGAUGCAAGCACUAAACACCCUUUCAACCCCAGAGGAGAAGCUGGCAGCUCUUUGUAAGAAAUAUGCUGAUCUCCUGGAGGAGAGCAGAAAUGUUCAGAAACAAAUGAAGAUUAUGCAGAAGAAGCAAGCCCAGAUCGUGAAAGAGAAAGUUCACCUGCAGAGUGAACACAGCAAGGCCAUCUUGGCAAGAAGCAAACUGGAGUCUCUUUGCAGGGAACUUCAGCGUCACAAUAAGACCUUAAAGGAGGAAAAUAUGCAGCAGGCAAGAGAGGAAGAAGAGCGACGUAAAGAAGCAACAGCACAUUUCCAGAUUACUCUAAAUGAAAUACAAGCCCAGCUGGAACAGCAUGACAUACAUAAUGCCAAACUCCGACAGGAGAACAUUGAACUGGGAGAGAAGCUGAAGAAGCUCAUUGAGCAGUAUGCAUUGAGGGAAGAGCACAUUGAUAAAGUAUUCAAACACAAGGAAUUGCAACAACAGCUUGUGGAUGCCAAACUUCAGCAAACGACACAGCUGAUAAAAGAAGCUGAUGAAAAACAUCAAAGAGAAAGAGAGUUUUUACUAAAAGAAGCAACAGAAUCCAGGCACAAAUAUGAACAAAUGAAACAGCAAGAAGUACAACUAAAACAGCAGCUUUCUCUUUAUAUGGAUAAAUUUGAAGAAUUCCAGACUACUAUGGCAAAAAGCAAUGAACUUUUUACAACCUUCAGGCAGGAAAUGGAAAAGAUGACAAAGAAAAUUAAAAAACUGGAAAAAGAGACAAUGGUAUGGCGCACCAAAUGGGAAAACAAUAAUAAAGCACUUCUCCAGAUGGCUGAAGAGAAAACUGUCCGUGAUAAAGAGUACAAGGCCUUUCAAAUAAAACUGGAACGGUUAGAGAAGCUGUGCAGGGCUCUUCAGACAGAGAGAAAUGAGCUCAACGAGAAGGUCGAAGUCCUGAAAGAGCAGGUCUCUAUCAAAGCAGCAGAUGGGGACUUGGUGGCACCUGCGAUGCAGCCCUGUGCUGCCCUGGAUUCAUCCAAGGAGAUGAACACUUCAAGAAGAGCCCUGGGAAUGCACUUGGAGGCUAGGGCCAAAGCCAAGUCAGUGAGUGAGAGAAGAAGUGCUGCACAAAAGCCCUCAUCUUCAGGUUCUGCGCAAGGCAUUGAGUCAGUUGACUAGGGUGAAAUAUGAUCGCUGUAUUGAGAGAUAUAUUUUGUGUAUAACUUCCUCUGUUAGUAGUAACUAUUGGUUUUGUGGUGAAAAUUUUCUUACUUUUUCUACCAUAUCUGUAUUUUCUUAGAACUACUGGACUUAUGUGGUACAGGAGGCUGCUUAGCAGUUUGAAAUAGUUUUAAUCUAUAAAUUUCCUUCAUCUAUGUUGCACAUCUGCCUCAUUUUCCCCUUUGUUGGAGUGCAUGUCUUCAUUGAUUUGUCCUCUCUCUUUCUGCUCCUUGCACCUAAUUUUCCCAACUAAAAUCAUUCAAGACAAGGCCAUUAAAGGAACUGUGUUCUCAUGAUGGUUCCUUGAUGUGAAAACAAUUUUAAUUUAAGCAUGUUGGCCCCUUAAUACAAAGAAAAAUACCAAGGUGAUUACCUUUGCUUAAUAGCCUAUUUAAAGGGGGAACAUGUCAGAAACAAGCUUAGCAUUUUUCAUUCAAAUUAGCUUUUCUUGAUUUACUUGACAAAUUGAGAUGACCACAUAACCUUGAAGUUCUGACAGAACAUAUAUAAAGAUGUUACUUGUGAACAAAAUAGGCAAAGUAGGCAAAGUAUUGGAUGAACAGACAAUGUUUCUGUGACUAAAAGUAGUCAUAUUGUGCUAAUUUGGGGAUAGAAUGUACCACAUGUGAAAUUAAUUUGGACUACCUGAUUACUGUAGUAGAUGGUGGUUUACGUACUUGUUCUCCAUUUCCCACAAAAAGCUUAUUUGAAAACUGCUCUUCCUUGCUUUGUGAGUUUAGAACAAGAAUAAAUUCAUAUGAAGCUUAUAUUAGGCAAAAGCUUUUUUUCAGUCCCUACAAGUUCCAUCAGCAAAGCACUUUGUUUCCAGAAAGAAAAUUUAAAUUACGAAUCAGCACUAACUAAAACAUUUAGUUUCCAAAGUAAAAAACACUGGAACCAGCAUUUUUUUUUAAUCUUGGGAAGACUUGGCAGAUUGUUUACAUAGUCAAAACGACCUCUAACUUAUAUAAGCUUUCUGGUUCAUUUCUCUUUUCUUAGAUGUUGUCACUUAAAACAAACCAGUAUUAAUGUUUCUAUACUUUAAAUUGGGGAAUUUCAAAACUAAGCAAAACAUGUCUUAGUUCUUUUUGUUUUCUCAGUGUUGAAUGUGGCUCAGCCAUGCAAACUACUAGGUCUUUAUUAUUUUGGUAUAAUUUGCAAUGAAAUGCUUUAUAAAGUAAUUUUUCAAAAGGUUCAAGUAACACACACCACAUUCUAUUCAGCAAAUCUUUCAGACUGACACUUGUCGAAUUGCUUACUGGACUGAAUAAACUCCAUUUCUCUUUGCUAAAAGUUUUAUCUGUAAACUCCUGUGACAUUCAUGGUCUAAACUGGAUUCAAAGAAUUGAAAACUGUCCAAAAAUAGAAAACAGUCCCGGGAAUAGAGUAUCUUUUUAAAACUAUUCCGCAUUGGUCAUGUAAUCAAGGGGUCAGACAGUAGAAGAAAUUCAUAAAGUUGAUUAUUACUGUCAG